AAUGAUGCAUGCAUUUGUUUAUCUAUCCGCAGCUAUUCCGUUCACCGUAGAUGCGACGAAUCAAAACUAUUGCAUUGCAGAUUUCCAUAAGAAAUUUGCUCCUCGUUGCUGUGUUUGUCAGGAGCCAAUCAUGCCGGAGCCCGGACAAGAAGAAACCGUACGGGUCGUUGCCCUUGAUCGAAGUUUCCACCUAGAAUGUUAUAAAUGCGAGGACUGCUCCCUCUUACUGUCAUCAGAAGCCGACGGUCGCGGUUGCUACCCCUUAGAUGACCAUGUGCUGUGCAAAAGCUGUAACGCUCGACGGGUUCAAGUGUUAACAAAUCGUAUGACCUCAGAGCUCUAAGCAGAU